UGGCACAUCCGACCUCCGCACAUCCGAGUCCCUACUUAUACCCCGCCCCUGCACUCGGCCCACCGCUCUGUCUUCAAGACUCUUCCCGUUCCUUACCAUCUCUGCGGUACAUCUCUGCGCAACCACCCCAGCACCGCCAUGGCGUCGACCCAGACCCGGUGCGCUUCCUUCUCCACACAUUACAUCGUCGCAGCAACUCACCCCGGCUCCCUCUGGACAGCCUUGCUCCCCCAGAGAAGGCGGCGUUGAACGGUCAUGCCGCGACACCUGACGUAGUCGGAGCCCUCCAGCGCAACCAGAGCAUGGACUUCCAGACAUUGGAGGGCACCGUCCAUGUCUCGAAACCAUUCCGCUCCCGCCAGACCAAGAAGCUUCGCACGAUGAUCACCUUCACCCCCCGCAAAUCCCACUUUGACACGACGAACGAGCGUUCGGGGACAAACGAGUUCCGAGGGUUCUUCACCCUCUUCUGGAUAUCUAUGUUUGUCUUCGUGGUGAGGUCCUACAUCCUCAGCUAUGAGGAGCACGGUUAUGCCUUGGAGGGCGCGUUCUUCUCCAUGUUCUCCCGUGACGCCGUCACCCUUGCAAUAUCCGACGCUGUCCUCGUGCUGAGCACUGGCCUCUGUGUCCCCUUCGUGAAGGCAGUAGUGAAGGGCUGGAUUCGCUACUACUGGGUUGGUGUCGUCAUUCAACACCUAUGGCAAACCUCUGUGCUCUUCCUUGCCAUCCAGUGGACCUUCAACCGUGGCUGGCCAUGGGUGCAGUCAGGCUUCCUCACCCUACACUCCUUGGUUCUCGUUAUGAAGAUGCAUUCCUACGUCACCACGAACGGGCAGCUGCAAUGGGUGCACAAGCGUUCCGAGAAGAUACAUUCGCAACUCCGGCGACUGGUCGCGGAGGAAGGUGGCUGGGAUGCCGCCGUUGAAACCGCGUACGCGAACAAGGCGAAGCAAGAGGCAGCACAGGAGGAGAUCGAGAGGCGUGCCGAUGGGAUCACAAAUGGCACACCUCUGACGCCAGAAGGCUCCUCGUCUUCCUACGUCGACGAGAAGGUCGCUGUCGCGCUGCGCAAGCGGCUCACGGCCUCCGGUCAUUCUGACGUCGUCGGCUCGGCACCACUACCCCCAGCCCUCUCGACAGCCUCGUCUGAUUUCCCGCCAGAUCGUCCCACACAAGUGAACACAACCGGGACACGCCUCAUGCCCCCGUCCGCCACCACGCCCGCAUCCUAUCCGCCCACGCAAUCCCAAAUUCUCGCACACCAUCCGAAUUCGCAGAUCGCCGAUCUCGCACGCGAGCAUGCGGAACUCGAGGAGGAACUCACGAGCCCAGGGCCGCAGCGCAUCCGCUGGCCCGAGAACGUCACAUACAAAAACUUCGUGACGUACAUGAUGAUUCCUACGCUGGUGUACGAGCUCGAGUACCCGAGGACAGACAGGAUUCGCCCGCUCUAUGUCUUCGAGAAGACGGUUGCAACGUUCGGAACGUUCGCUCUGCUCUACACUGUCACCGAGAGCUUCAUACUCCCGCAUCUGCCCACGCCCGGAACGCCAGUGUGGCGCACCUUCCUGGACCUCACCUUGCCUUUCAUAGUCGCGCUCCUGCUGCUCUUCUAUCUCAUCUUCGAGUGCAUUUGCAAUGGCUUCGCUGAGCUCUCCUAUUUUGCCGACCGCCGUUUCUACGACGACUGGUGGAACUCCACGUCCUGGGACGAGUUCUCGCGCAAGUGGAACCGCCCCGUACACACCUUCCUCCUGCGGCACGUGUACGCCUCGGCGAUGACGAGCCUCGGGCUGGGCAAGAACGGCGCGAUGCUGUUCACGUUCCUCCUCAGUGCGUCGGCGCAUGAGCUCGUCAUGCUCAUCGUCACGCAGAAGUUGCGGAUGUACCUCUUCAUCCUUCAGCUGUCGCAGAUUCCGCUGAUCGCUAUCGGGCGACUGCCGGCUAUCAAGCGCAACAAGCUCGCCGGGAACGUCGUCUUUUGGAUUGGCCUCUUCGUCGGGCUGCCCCUCCUUUGCGUCGCAUACGUGGCAUAUUGAAUAGUGACCCGCCACACAUCCACAACCUAUAGACGCUCUCGCAGGUUCCGUACACACUAGUCACCGUCCCAACUUAGAUACAAGCUAUCAUACACGACGGCUACGACCCUUCACGCUUUAUUGGGGGUUUGGUGAUCUAAAAGGAGGUUGUUCGUUGCUACAUUACACCAGCCCCUAUAAUGAGGCUCAUCUCACGGCGCACUUAUUGCUGUAGAGUACUACAUGGCUCGCGUAUACCUAUUUAUAUAUUGUGCUUUAUCUCAUUAGACGACGCGAUUCAUUGUAAUGGGGAUAAGUUAUCGCGAAUGUAGCUCAGGCUAGAGGGGAC